UUGUUAGCACCAUUUUGUGAUGAAUGAGGGGAGGGGAGGCAGAUAGGGUUGCGGAUUAGAAGUAGAUCGGCGUUAACCGGACAGUUUCGUGGGAUAUAGUUUUGUUUUUAAAGUUCUUAAAUAUAUUUAGAAGAGGGGCGGUAGUUGUACAAUUUCCGGGCGUCAAGUAGAGAAGUUUGGAGCGUGAUUUUGUCGAGUCCGUGCUCCGGCGACCCGCUAAGCUACACAGCUAACAGACCUGCCCUGACUACUGCACGAGCGUUUCAGAGAAAAGAAACCUAAGAUCUUCAUUCUUCCGUUUGUCCUCUACAGGAGAGAUCCCUGCGAGUCUGAAGAAACAUGAGUGCCCCUUCUUCUCAAAAAGUCGUCCUGAAAAGCACCACCAAGGUGUCCCUGAAUGAGCGCUUCACAAACAUGCUGAAGAACAAGCAGCCGACAGUGAGUAGCAUCCGGGCGACCAUGCAGCAGCAGCACAUGGCCAGUGCGAGGAACCGCCGGCUCGCUCAGCAGAUGGAGAACAGGCCCUCUGUGCAGGCUGCCCUGCAACACAAACAGAGCCUAAAACAGCGACUUGGGAAGAGCAACAUCCAGGCCAGGCUGGGUCGACCCAUCGGGGCGCUGAUGCCGGGAGGCGGCAGAGGACGGGGAUUUCCUGGAGGAUUACGUGGAGCUGGACGAGGACUGCGGGGAAGAGCCAGAGGUGGCGGCAUGAGAGGAGCACUCACUCUUAGAGGUGCAGGUCAGAUGAGAGGUAGGGGAGGUCCUGGACGUAACGGUCUCCGUCGAGGCAUGCGUCAUCGUGGAGGAGCUCCAGGACGAGGAGCUUUGGGAGGCCGAGGAGCAGCACGCGGAGCACCUGGAGGAAGAGGCCGCGGGGGUCUGAGAGGUCGUGGAGGGUUUGCAGGAAGGGGUCGUGGACGCGGCAGAGGCCGGGGAGCGGGCCGUCCCUCCGUCACAAGAGAGCAGUUGGACAACCAGCUCGAUGCGUACAUGUCCAAGACCAAGGGCCACCUGGACGCCGAGCUGGACGCGUACAUGGCCCAGGCGGACCCUGAGAGCAUGGAGUGACCACAGCCGAGACGGCAGCUCCCCAAAGAUCUGCAGAUAAUAGACUGAUUGACAAGAUACGCGUGUCCAGUACCAUUAAAGCUGUUGCUCUUUGGACGCUCCCGGAGAAGACAUUUUAAACUUGAAGGCUGUACAAAGUUAUGUAUCAUCACCCCCUUUAUCUUCAAAGAUUUGCUAAUCGCCACUCGUGUUUUCUAAACUGAACUCCGUAUCAUCAGGAAAUCCUCACCACACUUUUAAAAGUCAGUGAGGUGAAGGAACGAAAAUCUUGUUUUCAAUCGAGCUAUAUUAAUAGAUUGUUUAAUGGGGUUUUUUGGUUGUUGUUUUUUUUAAGUUCAGUAAAUGGCAACAAUGUUUGAGGAACCGUGAACUCCCAAGUACGUUUGAUCAUCCGCUGUUAAAAUGUGGUUUAUAUAGAUGAACAGAUGUUAAUUACCGUAAUGUUCUACAAAUGAAACUUACCUUUUUAUUAAUGUAUUUUUAUUGUUUUAAAGUAGAACUUUUAUUCAGUAUACGCAAUCUUGAUAUCUUUUUUUUUUCUUUCUUUUUUUGUCAAAAGAUGUUUUAAAAAUAUAAUGUAACCCACAAUUUUUUUUUUUUUUUUU